AUGGCGGAUGAAUCUGGCAAAAAGCGCAGGCCAUUCAAGAAGUUUUUCUAUCGCGGUGUUGACCUGGAUCAGUUGCUUGAUAUGAACUGGGAACAAAUUGCACUGCUUAUGCCAGCACGCAUACGUAGACGAAUUAAUCGAGGAUUACGUCGAAAGCAUAUGACACUCUUGAAGAAGUUAAGGAAAAGCAAAAAAGAAUGUCCAUUUGGCGAAAAGCCAGCUAGAUAUGAUCAUACUACCUGA